AUGGCUAGAAAUUUUGAUGAUAUGUUUAAUGAGGUUUUGUAUGGCAAAAGAAGACGGCAAGAUAACACACUCAUAGAUAAUUGGAUCGAUGAGUGUUUAUUCAAAGAUUCAGAAGAAGAAGAUAUCGAUAGAAGCUCUAUCUCAACUCCUCGUACAUGGAUCAACAGAGAUCGAGAAGCAGGACAUGAUCGCCUUUUCCAAGAUUACUUUGCAGAUGAACCGGUGUAUAAUGCUGACAUUUUUCGACAGAGAUUUCGAAUGAGAAGACAUGUGUUCCUUUGGAUAGUAGACGCUCUCUCAAACGUCUAUUCGUAUUUCCAACAGAUGGUUGAUGCAACUGGAAGAAGAAGCUUGUCAUCACUCCAAACGCCUGUGAUACGGAUGUUAGCAUAUGGCGUAGCAGCUGAUACUGUUGAUGAUUAUGUACGCAUAGGCGAGAGCACUAUAAUUGAAUGCUUGGAAAAAUUUGUUGAAGGUGUCAUUUCGGUGUUCGAGGAUGGAUACUUGCGAAAACCAAAUCCAAAUAAUGCGUGGAAAGGUAUGUACAUGAGUGGUUAUCGUGGGGUUGCAACCAUAGUACUUGAGGUUGUAGCAUCUUCAGACCUUUGGAUAUGUCAUGCGUUCUUUGAAGUUUCAGGUUCAAAUAACGAUAUCAACGUGUUAGAUCGUUCUCCAGUGUUCGAUGAUAUUCUAAAUGACUGUGCUCUAGAGGCCACAUUUGUCAAAUCAAUCUCAAAGCCACAAGGGAAGAAACGCAAGUUAUUUGCACAAUAUCAAGAAGGACAAAGAGAAGGUGUGGAGCGAGCAUUCGGAAUGUUGCAAGCACGCUUUGCAAUUAUACGUGGUCCAGCUAGCUUUUGGUAA